AUGCGCUGUAAGCUCGCAGAAGUAAGGUCAAGUUCAACAUCUGUUGGUAUUCUGAGUUGUUUUUGUGUUCAAGCUGGUGCAAAGAAAGUGUAUGCCAUUGAGGCAAGUUCAAUUGCCAACCGUUGUGAAGAAGUGAUAAAAGCCAACCGCAUGGAGAGCAAGAUUCAAGUGAUCAAUCAAAGAGUUGAAGAUGUUGUUCUUCCAGAAAAGGUAGAUGUUAUUGUCAGUGAGUGGAUGGGCUAUUUUCUGCUGUAUGAGUCAAUGUUAAACUCUGUGGUCUAUGCACGUGAGCAUUGGCUAAAAGAGGGAGGUAUUAUGCUGCCCUCUAUUGCCAGUAUCUACAUGGCUCCAGUCACAGACGAGGAAACAUUAGACGAGACAACUUCCUUGUGGGAAUCAACAAAAAAAGUAUAUGGAGUGGAUAUGUCAUGUCUUGUCCCAUAUGCCCGCAAACUGCUUACUCGAAGUGUUCAUGUUGAAGUCUUUCCACCAAAAAACUUGAUAGGUUUUGCAGAAAAAGUUAUAGAGUUGGACUUAAGUAGAAUAACCCAAAAAGAUCUGGAGCAUGUUAAAGGGAAGUUCAUGUUUAAAGCAAUUGGAGAGACAACACUUAAUGGUUUUGUUGCCUGGUUUACUGUUCAGUUUGACUGUGCUAAUAAAGGUUUAAUUGAGCUGUCAACAUCACCUUAUAAACACCCAACCCAUUGGCGGCAGUGUGUGGUCUACUUAAAUGAGGCAGAAGAUGUACAACAGGACACAACGAUACAAGGAACAGUAACACUUUCACCAAAUAAAGAAGUGAAUAGAUUUUUGGAAGUUGAAAUAAAGUGUAAAGUUGGUGAUGGUGAUAGCAAGCCAUACAGCUAUAUUAUGGAUGAUAGACCUAGCUGAACUAAUCCCUUUGUUUUUUGCCAAAUCGAUUCAAUGAAUAUGUAUCUGACUCUGAUUUUAUUAUGUUUUAUGGAUUCACAGAUUUACAAUUCAGGUACACAAAAGCAACAAUAUUUAUAUCUGAGGUAUGCUAACAAUAGAUGGCUCUCGCUAGGAGGAAUGUAGAUUGUGUGUUUGAAUUGAUAGCGUUCAGUAUAGAAAAAUGUUAUAGAGGCUAGAACACGUUAUAUCGUCAUUGCGGACUUAUACAAUCUGCAUACGCCUUAAAACUAAAAGAAAAUACAUACGUUUAGAGUCCGUACUGAGCCCAAAAAAUCCGCAAUGAAAAUAUAACGUGUUCUAGACAUUGGUAGAUCUGCAGGUGGGUGUGGUGUACAGUAUAUUUUAAAACAUGAGCGGCGUGAUAUUCGUUACACCUACAGAAAAAUGACUGCUCAAUGACCUAUGUAUGACAAAGAAUGUAGAUGGAUUGCAGAAAUGGGAGCUUCCAAAGGGCAGACUACUACUGAAAUAAACUCUAGGUUGCAUCAGUCUGGUGUAAGAAGAGCAUGAUAUGCAGUAUCAUCUGCACUAUUCCCUCAAUAUUCCAAUCUUGUUGUGAGGGGCUUAUAUGUAAUUUAAAUUUUAGAGGCUCUCUAAAUUACUCAUCUAUUUUUAGUCCAUAACUCACUCCCCCACCAAAUAGUCCCCCACUAAAUAAAAUGUCUCGUCAUUUCCUUCGGGUACUACACUUAAACAAACUGAAAGAAAUUAAAGCUAAGUAAGGAUAAACACGGUCCCUCUCUAAAUUAGAGUGUUAGCACCUGCUCAAAAUUCAUAUUAGCAUGCAUAUAGCUUUGAAUUUGGUCAGCAAAUCCUUUCAAUCAUUAAAAGACAUUAAAGUUCAGAUAAAAUUGUAUUAAUUUCAGAACCAGUGUCUAUUUUAAAGAAAAACCAUGUUUGACCGGACAUUCCUGGAAACAACCCUUGCAAGCUUCUCUCGUUCUAGUUCAUAUAUUGUUCUUUUAUUGAUUUCUGAGGUCACAACUGUCGCUGUCAUCAUCGCCUUCCACUAGAAUCCCAUGAUCUGUUUCUCCAUGCCUUUUCUUCUGAAUGCUUUUGUAAAGUCUCCUUUGGGGUUGCAUAUAUAUAGUUCAAUGUACUACAUGUAUUGUGGGGCAAUUGGCAACACUUUUGUACAUGUUAUAGUCGAGGGGCUCCAAAGGGGCUCUGAACACACUCUUGCACCCCCUGUUUUAUACCUGUCAUUAUUUUUUUCAGUUACCUACAAGAGACACGUUGUUAGUCAAGAAAUUUCUGGUUGCCAGUACCAGUAAUCCGAUAUCAAAGAUGGGAACCAUAUAGCUAAAUUAUGCUAUUUUAAUGUGGGAUAUUUUGGGGGUAUGGUUUGGUUAUAACAUCAAAAUGUCUAGUACAAUGUACAAAUAUUAAUAUAUUUGACACCAAAAUGUUUCAAUUAACAUUUGAUUAUGUAUCCGUUGAUGCAGUGUAAGGUCAAAGGUCAAACUAAAACAUUCAAAUAAUGCUUUAUCGUACAGCAAUUUAUUACUCAUCCAUUAACAAAACAAAACUGAACAACAAAGAUAAAUUUAAUAUAUAUCUUUACUGUUGAGUAAAUUAUUCCAUAAAAAAAAUGUUACCUGCCAUAUUCUGCAAAAAUGGACAUUUUUCAUAUACAGUAUUUGACAUUAGAUAUUUUGGUAUCAAAGAACUAAUGGUUGCCAUCUGUGAGGAUCAUGUCAGCUUUGAAGCAAUAAAAGAAAACAACAACCAUUAAAUUACUCAGCAGAAAUAUAUUCAAUGAUAACCAUUCCUACUAAACUAAGUCACAUUGCCAAAACCAAGAAAAUCACAGUUGACAUGUUAUCGAUAACUUGCAACAUCUAUUCUACAAUUACUCCCCUAACCACAACGCACAGCGCAUUUCCGAAUUAAUGGUCAUUGCCUUAAGGAUUCAUGUACCAUCACCCCUGUACCUCGAACAGCCUUCACCUCUUCUACUACUCCUGUUCAAACACACUACUUUCCAGCCUUCCACAAUUCUGUGUGCUAUGUAUGACUGUCACUAAUACCCUAACCACGCCUUAUUCUCAAUAUUGCAUUUAAGCACUUUACCACCCCAACAACUAGCUGUUCAUUAACGCAUGGAAUCCAAUACCCUUUCUCUCUUGCACAAGUUCUGGUAUUUCAGUUACUGGUGUUUAGCCAUUGAAACCCACAAUCAUAUAGGCUACGUACAAUUCCAGUGGUUUACUCAUUAAUUUAUAUGUCCACUAACCAUAACCAGGACAUUCGAGUUGUGGUCAUAAGUAACAAUUCAACACCCCUAACAUUCUAAUUUAACGUAAUUUAACGUAAUGUAGCGGUAUGUCAUAAUAUACAAUGUUCCGCAUAUACGGUCAUGUUGUUUAGUUAUCAAUGUUCGUUUCUAUCACACGUGCAAUACAGUUAGUGUUCAAAAGUUCUUGUUCUCUGUAUCGGUCUUGGCCUGCACGCUAUCCUACAAAAUAAAGUUCAUUAUCCAACCUUGUUUUGUUGUUCCGAUUGCAAUCCGAUAGCAAAGCAUUUACCAAUCCACUUGACUAAAGGAAGUGUUCCACAGCCUGGCUUGAUAAAUGGUCCAAAUGUUUUUGGUACUUUCAGUUCCAAUAUCCAGUUGUUGCACAACUUGUGGUGUGCCACCUUGGUUUAUCCAGUACCUACAAAAGACUUGGCCACUUGCAUAUAUUCGAACACCAUAACGUUUAAGCUUUAAGUCCAUCGCACUUAAACUUGUAACACGUUUCAUAGUUUGUGACAAUAAUUUUCUUCCCUUGAUUUUGGUAUACAUACAUCUGUUUGCCACUCAUUAUCAUAUGACCAUAGCUGUUUCAUAUUCGAUAGGAAGUUUUUGAAGUCUGAUGGAGUUUUUAGUAAAACCUCAACUCCCAUUCCCCUUCAUCUUCGCUCAAUGGAUUUGCAUGAUAUUGAUCACAGAUAAUAUCUACUCUGUCACUUUUUGGAAGGUAAUUGAAAAUUAGAAGGCAUAGGUGUUCAAAUGUAUCAGUUAUUUUUGAUAAAUACGGGAUGAAACUGUCAAUAACUCUUCUUGCACCGAAAAAAAAAAAGAAUGUUUAUUUUCCUAACCUCCAUAGGGUCUUAGAAUCCCUAUCCCUAUGAUUGGUAGGAUUGGAAUCUUCUUUAUGAAUUCUUUAUUGGCUCCUAAAAGUUCAUCUAAAAUAGUGGUGAUGAUCGACUUCUUGUGGUAAAAUAGUCUCUGAAGUGAGUGCAUGAUGCAACAGUUUUAGUUUAAUUGCAAGCUUGAAGUCGUGUGAGUUCCAAAGUUCUUUACUAAGAUGAGAAACAACAAAUCGAACCCUAUGCAUAGGCCUAGAUAGCUAGUAGUGGUACGUCCAUGUUAUUGUUAUUGAUGAACAAUGGGUAACUUACGUGGUCCGUUACACAGAAAACAACAAGGAACAGCGCCAUGAUCGUGACGAGAUUCCGGAAUGUGACAGUGGUAAGGGUAACAAGGUGUUUUCCAGCCCAUUUUGCUUGGCAGGCUGCACACAUAAGGUUUUUAAUUUAAUCUCUCAGGCUGCCAAAAAAAAAGUCGCUUUAAAACUUUAUCCACCUGUGGCCUAGACAAACACUGCUGGAACAUGGAAAUUAGCUUCUUUAAAUAGAGGUACGAGUAACUGCACAAAUUAGGAGAUAGUAUUCAAUAUUAUAGGUGGACAUUUGCUGUUAAAAAUUUAUUUUGAAUCAUAGCAAAUGAGAUUUCUCGGAGGUAUUAUAGCCACGUAUAUACGAUUACGCUACUAGUAAAUGAAAGUGGUGGCGAUUACGCCACCAGUAAACGAAAGUGCUGCUGCUUAUUUUUUUUUUAAAUACAAAGUAUUUUUUAUUUUUUAUUUCCAAAAACAAAAGAAAUCCCGUGCUCAAGGACACACAAAAGGCACUUAAAAAGAAGAACAGCGAUUGUCCGAAAAAGUUAGUCACUCAGUAUAAAAAAGAAAAAAAAAAAAGAAAAAGGAAAACCUUCAGAGGUUUUCAUUUUUUUUUUAUACAAAUAAAUAAACCCCCAGGCAUUUCAGAUAAAUUCAAGUAUUUUAUUUCAUUUAUCAGUGAACUUGUACAUAGUAUUUCUCUCCAACCAUCAUGAUUGUACACCUGUUUCCAUAAAAACAGAGGACACCUUGUUUUUUUUUUCGUCGUACCUGAACAACCAUCGUUAUUCAACUAACACAUAAACAAUCCCAUAAAUUUACAACCUUCUUAUAAACCUAAAUUUUACAACUUCUUAUAAACCUAAACUUUACAAAUUCCUUUUCAUUUUUUUGUUGUUGAUACAAAUAGAUAAACCCCCAGGCAAUUUAGAUAAUUUCAACUAUUUUAUUUCAUUUAUCGGUGAACUUACACAUAGUAUUUCUCUCCAUGGCGAUAUUUCACUAUUUCAAUAAUUCAUGGCACUUGAAAAAUUAAUUUAAGCACAAUUUUGAAAUAUUGAAAGCCAGCAGAAAAAAAAAUCCAAUUCGGCUCCCUAAAGUAAUUUUUAACAGCAAAUCAGAUUUAAGAAAAUUAACCCCGAAAAAUAAUUGAUUUGUAAUCUAAUACGAAUUUAUGUUGUAUUGCCUCAUUCCACCAAAUUUGAAAACUUGUCCCUAUUAGUUUUACUCUAUCACAGUUAAACAAAAGAUGUGUCAUUGUUUCACUAUGCAUUUUACCGAGUGAACUAACAGCAUUAUUCAAAAUUUCAUACCAAAAAGUCCUGUAUUUGUUAUAAGGCAAUUUGUGUUGAUUUUAUACUGAAAAAACCUGGGUAUUUGUAUCUUGACUGCACUUGCAAGGUAAAGAAUAGAUAUGAAUUCACUUAUAUUCAUAUAUGAUAAAUUCACUACCAUAUUUUAAUUAGGCAGUUGGUGGUUCAAUAAAUCUACAAAUUAAUAUUUGAUAUAA